GAAUUGGAAGUGAAUAAUUCUGCAGGAAUACCUCUUGCUUUUGCGGCAAUUCUCAUUUUUAAUCCUGAAAACAAAACAGAACGUCUCUCGGAUUUCUCUGAAACCCUGAGAGGUUCGAACGAUUUCCUCGGGAGUUCAUUUUGUCCUAAACUACCUUAACCUCUGUUUUCUGUGCUCCAAGGGAAGGAUUUUAUCUUAUUUUAUCUUAUACAGAAUGGAUACAGCAUCUGCUGAUUCAUCACCUUCACCUCUCGUUAAAGCUCCUGAUGCUCAACCUGCUGCUCCUACUGGACAAGAUACUGCACGUGAUGCCCCUUCCCUUCUAUCUGCUUCUGGUGUAUCAUCAUGGGCUAGAAGUCUCAAAAUUCCACAACCUUCGACAGCUGGGCAAGAGGACUCAAAUGCUGGGAAGUCACCAUUUUCACGUUUCACCAGUGGUUUAGGAUUACGCUCGUCUCCUAAAUCUCCUUCGCCAGAUGAGAGUGAUGAUGGUGCCUCGACAACUGCACAGCCUGGUGUUUUUGGAUCAAUCACGAAAGGGUUAGUUGACUCAUCUAGGAGUGCUGUGAAGGCUGUUCAGGUCAAGGCUCGACACAUUGUCUCUCAAAACAAACGAAGAUAUCAGGAAGGAGGAUUUGACUUGGAUAUGACUUACAUCACUGAGAAUAUUAUCGCUAUGGGUUUUCCUGCUGGUGAUAUGAGCUCUGGGUUUUUCGGAUAUUUUGAGGGGUUCUACCGAAACCACAUGGAAGAAGUGAUCAAGUUUUUUGAGAGUCACCACAAGGGAAAAUACAAAGUAUACAAUCUGUGUUCAGAGAGGCUGUAUGAUGCAUCAUUAUUUGAGGGGAAGGUUGCAUGUUUUCCAUUUAAUGAUCACAACUGCCCCCCAAUUCAACUCAUAAUAUCAUUUUGUCAAAGUGCAUACUCAUGGUUGAAAGAAGACAUUGAGAAUGUAGUUGUUGUGCACUGCAAGGCUGGUAUGGCGAGAACUGGAUUAAUGAUUUCUAGCCUUCUUCUAUACCUGAAGUUCUUCCCUACAGCUGAGGAGUCAAUUGACUACUACAACCAGAAAAGAUGUUUUGAUGGGAAGGGGCUAGUUCUUCCAAGUCAGAUUAGGUAUGUCAAAUAUUUUGAGCGUAUUUUAACAUACUUCAACGGAGAAAAUCAGCCUGGACGUAGGUGCAUGCUCAGGGGAUUUCGACUUCACAGGUGUCCUUAUUGGAUUAGGCCCUCAAUAACCAUCUCUGAUCAUAAUGGAAUUCUCUUCUCUACAAAGAAGCAUCCAAGAACAAAGGAUUUGAUGCCAGAAGAUUUCUGGUUUAGUGCACCAAAGAAAGGGAUAAUGGUCUUUGCUUUGCCAGGGGAGCCUGGUCUUACUGAAGUAGCUGGAGACUUCAAAAUCCAUUUUCAUGACCGCCAAGGAGAUUUCUACUGUUGGUUGAAUACGACAAUGACAGAAAACAGAAAAAUCUUGAACACCUCCGAUCUUGAUGGAUUUGACAAGAGGAAACUUCCUUCCCCAGGAUUCCAGGUUGAGGUUGUGAUGAUAGACUAUGAUGGCACGAUCCCAACAAAGCCCAAACCUGAAACUGCCAACAAGCCUCCCGUUGGAAGCUCAGGAACCGUUCCUGCUGCAGCAGAUGGGGGUGCUGCGGCUUCUGAUCCAAGUAAAGGUUCUGGAAGCCGAGAUAAGGAUGAUGUUUUCUCAGACAGUGAGGCAGAAGACAGUGGGUCUUCCAAACACAGGCUAAAUCAAGCAGUGUCUGGGGUGGGAAGACCUGCUACUACCAGUGGUGGGGGUCCUGAAACUGGGACUACCGCAGAACAAAUUGCAGCUGUGACACAUGGAACUGAACAAGUUUCAUUGAGAGGUGAGGGAACCCCCCAAUUCACAUCUGCUAGCAAAUUGAAUACUGAUGGUGGUGGUGGAGUUGCAUCAGGUCUUGAUGUGUCAAAAAUCGACUCAAGUGACUUUAAGGCCAUUGCUGCAGAUGCUUCUGUUUUUACUUUUGGAGAUGAAGAAGACUAUGAAAGUGAGUGAACCAGGGCCAGAAUCAGUGGUUUGAGUAUGAGUUUGAUUUGUACAUAAAUGUUCUGUGCAUGUACUCUCCUCUCCUGGAUGUUGAUGUUAAAUUUAAUUUCUUGAUUGCAAUUUCUACACGAAUUUUCAGCUUGAUUGAGCAGUAAUGGAAUAUG